AUGAAAAGAAGAAUUAAUUUUAUUCAUACAAAUGAUUAAAAAAAGUUUAAAAAGUAUGAUGAAUAUGAUUUCUCCAAAAAAAGAAUUAUAUUUUCAGAGAAAGAGAUAAAAAAAAUUAAAUAAAGGUUAACUUUAUUAAAAUAAUAGAAUCAGAUUUCUUAAAAUUGCUCAAAUUGGAUAUAUCAAUUAUAAAUAAUUUCGUGAAAGUUUAGGAAUCAUGGGAUUAGCAAAUGCUGAAUUUUUGAGUCAAAGAUUAUUUCAUGCCAUAGAUAUAGAAGAUUCAAAUAAAGUAAUAAAAAUUCAAAAAUAAGAUAACAUUUGAAGAUUUUUUAAAUUACUUAAAUAUACUUGUAAAUGGAAAUAAAUAAUAAAAAGCAGAAAUGAGUUUUAGAUUUCUUGAUUUUGGUGACUCAGGGAGAAUAUUAUAAAAUGAUAUAGAAUAAUUAUGUGCUGAUAUUUUACUGUUUUGGCAUUAAAUUACAGGAUCUAAAGUUUUACCAAAUCUUUCCAAGGUUGAAAUGUUAAUAAAAGCUUUAGGAAUGUAAUCAACAGGUGAAAUAUGUUUUUCAGCCUAUUUAGAUGCAUAUGAUAAUAUAUCUAAUACAAUAGAUUGGUUUGAGUUUUUUAAUGAAAUUUAGACUGAAAAAUAAUAAGUUCAUUUAUAAGAGAUAGAUAAUAAUAAGUUAUAAUAAUCAAUAGAUACUUUAUAAGAUGAAGUAUUAUCUUGUAUAAUCUAAUUAAAAAAUUCAAAAAGAGGUGGAGAAUCAAUAAUUUUCGAUGCAAACAUUAGUUAAAUUAAUCAAUUAGAUAAUAGAAUAGAUGGACCUUUUUAUGUAAGUAUUUAAACUCCAAAAAGACCUGGAGAUGUUGAUCCAUCUUAAGAGAUAAGUAUUUAAUAUUAGGCAAAUCAACCACAAUUUUCACUAUUGCAGAAUGAAUCUAGAAUACAGAAGAUUGCUAGUUUUGGAAAAUAAGAUAAAUUAAUGGUUUUAGAUUAAAAAAAAACAAAAAAACCAAUGGGUGAAGAAUUUAGAAGAGCUACUAUAGCAAAUAUACCAAAAAAACAUAAAGCAAUUUAUUUUGGCCAUGAAAAUUGGAAUUUAGUGAUAUCUAUGAUGAUUGGCAUGAGAGCAUCUGCUUUAGCUUUAUGUACUCUCUCAAUUGAGCUUAAGGAUAAAGAUUUUAAAAGUAAAUACAUCUAUAAUAUUUCUAAUACUAAUAAUUAAAGUAUAAGUUAUUAGUUUGUUGAUUAUGCUGGAUUAGUUUAUGAAAGGAUUAGAUAAAUUUUUAAGAUUUAAUAGAAACAUUAUUUAACAUCUAUUGGUCCUGAAAAUCUUUUGGGUAAUUUAAUGAUAGGCAAAUUAACUAGUUUGAGUGAGCUAAGUUCAACUGGGAAAAGUGGAAGCUUUUUUUAUUUUACUGAUAAUGGCGAUUUUAUGAUUAAAACAAUAUCUAAGAAUGAAUUUAAAUUGCUUUCAAGAAUCAUCUAAUAAUAUUAUUAAUAUAUAAGGGAUUAUGGCUCAACAUAUCUUUCGAAGAUUUUAGGUUAACAUGUAUUAAAAGCAUUUAAAGAUAAAACAAUGAUUUCUAAAACAUAUAUAAUUGUUAUUGUGAAUGUAUUUUAAUCUCCUUUAUCUAUUGAUGUAAGAUAUGAUCUAAAGGGAUCAACUUUUGGUAGGAAAACAAAAAAAGCUAAUAAAAUUAUUGAUAAAAAUGUGGCUUUAAAAGAUUUAGACUUUUUAGAAGAAAAAAAAAAAAUAUUUUUAGAUUAAGGUAUUUUAUAUAUAUAUAUAUUAUAAUAAUUAGAAUUCACAAAAUCCCUCUUAUCUUAAUUUAAAAAUGAUGUAUUAUUUUUAGAAUCUUGUUCAAUUAUUGAUUAUAGUCUAUUGAUUGGUAUUCAUUCAAUAAGGCAUGAUAGUAAUGUUUAGAAUUAGGUUGUUUCAAAAGAUAAUAAAGAAGUGUAUUUUAUUGGAAUAAUUGAUAUACUAACAGAAUAUAAGUAAAUAAUUUUGUUCAUCUAAAAGUAUGUAAAAGCAAAUUGAAUACUCAUUGAAACAUACAUUUGUAGAUUCAAAUAUUUCAUGUGUUCCACCAAGAGAAUAUGCAAUGAGAUUUCUUAAUUUUAUCAAGUCAAAUGUAUUUGAAUGA